UGUCAUGGCGCUAGAAUCUGAUGUCAUCCUUGAAGGAUACAAUACGCCCAAUGAGACAGAGAAACCGAUUAUGGCCCACCCCCCUGUCAUCUACAGUGACAAUACACUUCAGGAUUGGCUAACGACAGUGCUCAGGUUAUCUGAUAAAGUGAUCAAGCUGGACUUCAAAAACAUCAAGACAGUGGGUCCAUCUUUGGAUAUCUUACUAAAAACAUCUUCUGAGUUGAAUAUUGACCGACCUGUUUGGCUAAACGCAGAUAUUCUGAAAGGGCCAAAUGUUCCUAUUGAUAUUGCAGUUAAUGCAAGCCAAUUCCUGACUCUCAUUCAGGAGAAGUUUCCAAACUGCACUCUUUCUCCGGGAUGGACAACCCUCUAUUUAGCUCACUUUCCAAACAAGACCUAUACGCAGAGGAUGGUGGAGGAAAUGCAUUCCCUUGUGGGAAACCUCCCUCAGCAAAUCACCUUCCCUGUAAGAGCUGUCAUGGUAAAACCAGCCUGGACUCAUCUGAGUUGGCUUCUGAGUCAAUCCAAAAGAUACAGCCUGACUUUGUGGCAAGGGAAGACUGAUCCAGUUACUGUGGAAGAUCUUCUGUUUAUUCGAAACAACAGCAAACCUGAACAAAUCUACUAUGACCUUUAUGAACCUAUUUUGUCUCAAUUCAAAAAAUUGGCAUUCUCUCAACCAGAGUCAAGUGCAAAAAGAAGAUGGAGAAACUAAAUGAAAAAUUUUGGGAAAAAGAAUGGAACCAAUUAAUGUACAGCCAAUUUACAACACAGGGAAUGUUUGACAAUUUAAAAUGGACUUUUCGGAUUUUGGAAGAUACAGACGUUGGAGACAACUUUAUUACAUGGAUUCAAUUGAUACAUACUUCACAAAUUGUACAAAUAAAUAUGAAGGAAGGUUGAUCAAGCCUUGUCAAAUACAAAAAGGAAUGAGGCAGGAAAGCUCACUUUUUGCAUAGUUAUUCAUUCUGGGUCUUAAUGUUUCAAAUAAAGCCAAAAGACAAGAUAACAAAAUUAUCGGAGUGAAAGUUUUUUUUAAAAAAAGUGUAUAAAUGAAGGGCGCCUUUGCUAAUGAUUUGACUUUAAUUUUGGGAGACCACCUAAAAGGGACAGCUGUAUUAAAGAAAAAAUCUUGGAAUGUGGUGCAUUGACUGGAUUUAAAACUGAGGAAAAAAUAAAGAUAUUGACAAAGAAUAUAAAGAUGGAAGAGCAAAAGGAAUUAUCUAUAAAAGCUAGAUUUUGGAUUGGGGAAAAAGGGAAAUAUUUGGGUAUUACUAUUACUACCAUGUCUUGUUAGUUAUUUCAAAAUAAAAUAUGGAAUGAAAUUAAAUUAAAUAGGAUUUAUUAAUGUGAGAAAAAUGACAAAUAUCACUGUUGGGAAGAAUGUCUUCAUUAGCUAGAAUGUUAUUCUUAUUUCAGACAAUACCUGUUUUGAGAACUGAUGUACCAUUUGAACAGUGCAAACGAAAUACCCAGGUUUAGAAGGCAGGAGAGAAAAAAAUCCCAAAGAUUAAAUAUAAGUUUCUCCAACAUGGAAAAGAAACGGGAGGAUUGAAUCACCUGGUCUUAAAUGGUAUUUUCCUAUCUGCAGUUUGGUUUGGAUGAAGGAAUGACUAGUGUUAAGAAAUAAGAGACUUUUAGAUUUAGAAGAACAUGGUCUGAGGUUUGGAUGGCAUUGUUACUUAUGGUAUGAUAAAGUGGUAUGGUAUUUUUAAAAUGUAGAUAUUAAAAAUAAUUAUAUUAGGAACAUAAUACUAGGAAUAUGGAAUAGAUACAAACAUGGGCUAUACCAUGAAAUACCUUUGUUGGCCUCAACUCAAGAAGUGUUUUAUAGACAAGAAACACCUGGCAAAAAUAAAUGGUUAACAUAUAAAGACUUCCUAGCACAGGAGAAUGGGGAGCUUAAGUUGAAACCAAGCGAACAAUUGACUGGAGAGGGAUUUAGUUUUCAAGGGUUCUCAUAUGCAAAUUAAGAAUUUUUUUUAAUACAGAUUAAAAAACUACCAGGAAUAGAAUAUGAUACAAUGGGAUUUGAAAAUGAAUUACAUACAAAGGAUGAACAUCUGAUAGUUAAAAUGUAUGACUUUUUGUUGAGAUUUGAAAAAAAGAGGAAGAGCAAAUUUAAUAGAAUGUAUGUUAAAAAUGGCCCAAGAAUUUUGGUGAUAAUAUUCAGGU